AACAAUCUUGCAAGGGGUUAAUGCUGUAAUCUUUUUCGAGCCUGUUUAUAAUCCCAACAGUAGUCCAGUAACAGAAGAGGGUGGAUCUAAAAAAGUGCCUGAGGGGUGUGUGUGUGUGGAUGGCCGUGCAUACGCGUGAGCGUGGAUGUGCACACAUGCUUUGCUUUUCUGAACUGCCUUGUGUGCCCCUGGAAUAAAUCUUGUUCAGCCUGAACACGACUCUGUGUGUCGGGUGCUCCUGAUGGAGAGGUAGAAGAGCUUCCUUGCACAACUGCUUCUCUUGUAUUUCUCGUGAAGAUUUCAUUCAGAAAUGUAUUUGUUUACUGAAAGAAUGGGCGGAUAGUCACAAACCCACCCUCUUCUUCAUCAAAGCUAACUUGUGGAUACUGAAGAAUGGAAAUAGUUGAUGCUAGCUUCCUUGGGAACACUACUAAUAUUACUGCUUUCCUGUGUGAUAUCAUCUUGGAAAAUGAGACUUUCUUCUGUGCAGAUGAUCCACCUUAUCCUUCUAAAGAUUUGCAUCAGAUAAUUCGGAUUCUGUUGUAUUGUUUGAUAUUUCUGCUCAGCGUUUUGGGGAACAUGCUGGUAAUUACAGUGCUGAUAAGAAACAAGAGGAUGAGAACAGUCACCAACACGUUUCUGCUGUCACUAGCAGUCAGUGACCUGAUGCUGUGUGUUUUCUGCAUGCCGUUCACCCUCAUUCCCAACCUGUUGAAAGAUUUUAUUUUUGGUAGCACUGUUUGCAAAACUGCCACUUAUUUCAUGGGUGUCUCUGUAAGUGUAUCUACAUUCAACCUGGUUGCCAUAUCUUUGGAGAGAUAUAGUGCCAUUUGCAAACCUCUGCAGUCCAGGGUCUGGCAGACAAAAUCUCAUGCCUUGAAAGUGAUUGCUGCUACCUGGUGUGUUUCCUUUGCUAUCAUGUCACCAUACCCAAUUUACAGCAAACUGGUACCUUUUACCAAGUAUAACAACACCACAGCAAAUAUGUGUCGGCUCCUUUGGCCAAGUGAUGUCAUUCAGCAGUCUUGUCUCGGGUAUGUGGCAGUAUCAGUACAGAUGAGGAGCGAGGGUGCAAGGCGAAAUUCUUCUCUCCAUGGUGUCAUUGCAGAUUCCCAG